GUCCGUUCCCUCUUUCUUUUUCUCCCCCUCUUCGUCACCUCUCGUCUCUGCACUCAUCCUCCCCUGCCCAUCUCCUCUCCUCCGUCUCUCCGUCUCCAUCUCCCCUCAUCGACGCGAACGCGUCCCUCUCCUCGUCCUUUCCUCGUUUGCUAAAUCCUGAAGGCAGACCUCUCUUAUUCUCUCUCUCUUUCCGUCCCUCCCCCUUCCUCUUUACGUUCCCCCCCCUCCCUCCAUACUCUAUUUUCCUCAAUGCUCAAGUCAGUCAAAAGAGAUACACUGAAGAAAAGAGGGGCGAACGGCGGGCGCUGAGAGAGAGACAGAGAGAAGGAGAGAAGCUGGAGGGAGAGAGGGGAGAGGGGGGAACGGGGGUUUGGAUACAUCUCCACCUGUCUUCUCUCUGCCAUGGACUGCCUCUGCAUAGUGACCACAAAGAAAUAUCGGUAUCAGGAUGAAGAGACUCCGCCCUUGGAGCACAGCCCCGCCCACCUGGCUCACAGCAAGAGUGCUGAGAUGCUUCACAUGAGCGAUAAGAACCUGGCUGCCAUGGACUCCAUGCACAGUUACGCCCCCCACACACACAUCUCACCAAUAAAGCCAGUGUUGCUGUCCUCUGGUCAAACCCCUCUGUACACCUCUGCGGUCUCCACGCUGGCUAACUCUCCACCAGUAGUGGUAAACACAGACACACUGGAUGGCUCACCUUAUGUCAAUGGAGCAGAAGGAGAGAUUGAAUAUGAAGAGAUUACGUUGGAAAGGGGGAACUCUGGGCUAGGCUUCAGUAUCGCCGGAGGGACAGAUAACCCUCAUGUCGGGGACGAUCCCAGCAUCUUCAUCACCAAGAUCAUCCCAGGAGGAGCCGCUGCACAAGACGGGAGACUCAGAGUAAACGACAGUAUUCUCUUCGUGAAUGAUGUUGACGUUCGGGAGGUGACGCACAGUCAGGCGGUGGAGGCUCUCAAGGAGGCGGGCGCUAUCGUCAGACUCUAUGUAUUACGCCGGAAACCCAUCGCUGAGAAAGUCACCGAAAUCAAGCUCAUUAAAGGGCCAAAAGGGCUAGGCUUUAGUAUAGCGGGUGGUGUGGGGAACCAGCACAUCCCUGGAGACAACAGCAUUUAUGUCACAAAGAUCAUCGAGGGAGGAGCAGCUCAUAAGGACGGGCGACUACAGAUCGGCGAUAAGAUACUGGCGGUGAAUAAUGUGUGUUUGGAGGACGUGAUGCACGAGGAUGCGGUGGGCGCGCUGAAGAACACAGCAGAGGUGGUCUACCUCAGAGUGGCUAAGCCAAACAACCUGUACCUUACUAACAACUACAACCCACCAGACCUCACAAGCACGUACUCUCCGCAUCUGGACACAGACCUUGGACAUCCAAACUUCCUGGCUUCGGAUUACCCACAAGCCCUCACUCCCACCUCACCAAGCCGCUUUUCUCCUGUGCUGCACGGCUUGAUGGGAGAUGACGACUUACCCAGGGACCCGCGGCGUGUUGUGAUCCACAGAGGAUCGACGGGUUUGGGGUUUAAUAUAGUUGGAGGGGAGGAUGGUGAGGGAAUAUUCAUCUCUUUCAUCCUGGCAGGAGGCCCUGCGGACCUGAGCGGAGAACUGCGCAAAGGAGAUCAGAUCUUAAGUGUGAAUGGCGUGGAUCUGCGGGCGGCUACACAUGAACAAGCAGCGGCUGCCUUGAAGAAUGCAGGACAGACUGUAACCAUCAUCGCUCAGUACAGACCAGAAGAAUACAGUCGAUUUGAAGCUAAAAUACACGACCUCAGAGAGCAGUUGAUGAACAGCAGCAUGGGCUCUGGAACAACUACAUUACGAAGUAACCCUAAACGAGGAUUUUAUAUCAGGGCUCUGUUUGACUAUGAUAAGACAGCAGACUGUGGUUUCCUGAGUCAGGCCGUGGGCUUUAAGUUUGGAGAUGUGCUGCAUGUUUUGGACUGUGGAGAUGAGGAGUGGUGGCAGGCCUGCAGAGUCAGCCCACAGGGGGAUGAGGAGGAGGUCGGCUUCAUCCCAAGCAAGAGGAGGGUUGAGAGAAAAGACUGGUCGCGGUUGAAGUCAAAAGAAAGGGACCGAAGUCGAGACAGCACGGGAUCGCAGGGAAGGGAAGAGCCAGUACGGAGUUACGAGACAGUUGCACAAGUGGAAGUGCACUAUGCGAGGCCGAUCAUUAUUCUGGGCCCAGUGAAGGACAGAGUAAAUGAUGACCUUCUGUCUGAGUUCCCAGACAAGUUUGGCUCUUGUGUCCCUCAUACGACACGACCCAAGCGGGAAUAUGAGGUGGAUGGACGGGACUAUCAUUUUGUGUCAUCGCGGGAACAGAUGGAGAAGGACAUUCAGAACCAUCGUUUCAUUGAGGCGGGCCAAUACAACAGUCAUCUGUAUGGAACCAGCGUGCAGAGUGUCCGAGAGGUGGCGGAACAGCAGGGAAAGCACUGUAUUCUGGAUGUGUCCGCGAAUGCAGUUCGUAGGCUACAGGCUGCACAGCUUCACCCAAUCGCCAUCUUCGUACGGCCCAAAUCACUGGAGAACGUCCUAGAGAUCAACACACGUCUAACUGAGGAACAAGCCAGGAAAGGUAUGGAUCGUGCUAUUAAACUGGAGCAAGAUUUCCUGGAAUGCUUCUCUGCUAUCGUGGAGGGCGACAGCUUCGAGGAGGUUUAUCAUAAGGUGAAAACUGUGAUCGAGGAGCAGUCAGGGCCUUACAUCUGGAUUCCCACAAGGGAGCGUCUGUGAGAAUCCACCCAGAGCCAAACCACCUCGCCCAGUCACCAUUUGGCCUGCCUGCCCUGGACUGUGGAGCUCCGACUCGUAGAGCUCGCGAGAAACAGACAGAGAGAGAGAGGGAGAGAUGGAAAGAGUGAAAGCGAGGGGGAGAAGUCACAGAGACACCAGGAAAUGAUGGAGUGGAACAGCACAGGAGCUGGCCACACCGCAUCUGCCUCUCUUUUCCUCCUUUUCCUAGCUUUGUAACUUCCUUUUUCUGCUUUUAACUUCCUCACUCUGCCUUUCUCUCAGUCCUUCUCUGUUUCUUUCUGGCUUUCUCUCUGAAUAACGUCCUUUCACACAGGAAUGGUGAGCUGUUUUUACUCUGUCAAGAACUGGGAUGCUACAAAGAAAUUUUGUAUAUUGUCAGAUUCCCUCUCGCUCUCUCCGAACAAGACAGGAAGUGGAGAGAGAUGAGCGACUGCCUUGGCUUUUACUGGAAUGAGACGUUCAAGAGCUAUUCCUGAUUAAAGGAGCUCGUUUUACAGUACUAAAGGAAAAUUGAACUGAAAGUAUAUUUAUCGGUAUCAAUAAUGCGCUGAAAUCUUCAAUAUCAAAGAUAUUACGACUACUCAGAGACUGACUUCACCCACAGUUAUCAGCAUCAAGGGCGUUUAAUUCCUUUUAGAAAUUUGAAGUGCUUGACGAGUGCUUCCUGAAAUGCAGGAAGCACCGAGCUGGCGCAACUAAAACGUUUGCCUCAGUCCUUCGAAUGUUCCCCUUAAAUAGUUUGCAGCUAGUUCAUCACAUUGAACGGAUAAUGAGGAAGGAAAAUGGGAAGACGCAGACUGUGACUUUCAUUCUGCACAUCACAGAAAGCCACACGCUUCAUAUUCCGGUGUCUGUUUUCUUUGAUUUUCUUGCGCUUACAUGUAAACAUGCCCAUUUAGACACCACGGCAACAUAGAUUUUGUAAUGUUUGCCGCCUUCUGUCUGGAUCUUCUUGCAACAGCCAGAUUGAUGUUUUCCUUUGAGCUGAAAUUUAUUUGCUCGGUUGGAUUAUUUCCCUGAGCGCCACAGCUCUCAAACACAAUGACUCCAGGCUGCUCUUUAAUGUGCAAUAUCGGGCUCUUCCAUAAUCUUCUCAUAAUGUAACAAAUUUUUGCCAUGCUUAGAUCUUGAAGUCAUCGGUAAAUUAUCAAACCGCUUCUAAUGUAAAAGUUUCGCUGUUUUUUAAAACAGGAUUUCAGUUAAUUUCACACUCAUGUGCUGAGUGGCUACGUUCACACAACAAUCCAGCAAUCCUAUAUAUAUAUAUAUAUAUAUAUAUAUAUAUAUAUAUAUAUAUAUAUAUAUAUAUAAAAUAUAAUUUAAAUGAAUUUGUAAAAAAAUACUAUAAAUGAUAUAUUCAGUAAUUAUAUUGGGAUAUUUAAUUAUUUAUUUAUUUAUUUAUUUCUUUAACACCUUGCCUUCCUUCAUAGCCAGUGGUUGUUUUCACUAUUCUGUCUUUUUCACAGCAAAGGUAAACCAAGCAUCAUAUGACAAGUAGUAGCUUAUUUUGAUGAGAUAUAACUUCGAAAUGAUUUAAAUCUCAAAUAUUUCAUUGUAGAAUAGUAGAUGUUUUGUUUGUGCCCUUUUAUUGGAGAACGUUUUUCUCAUAUAAUCUCAGGAUCGGUGUUGGUGAAGGCAUUGGGACAGUGUACGUAUUUGAAUUUGUAACUAUUUUAUGUUUUGGUGAAUUGGUGGCUACUUUGUAUGAAUUCGUAGCGACCCGUUCAUACAGUUUCGCGAGAUCCAAAAUUACUCGCCCUCAUGCCAUUCCAAAACCCCGGAAGAUUUUCGUUCAUUUUCAGAACACAAAUUUAGAUACUAAUGAUGAUCUGCAACGUUCCCAGUGACAUCAGUGGUUCAGUUUUAUCAAGUUAUGAGAAUACUUUUUGUGCUCGAAAAAUAAAUACAUAAUUUUUUCAACAGUUCUUCUUCCUAAGUUACAGCCUUCUGCCAUUUUGGUAAGUAUCCACUGAACGUAAUCGGUGUGGUUUACAUUCAGCAUGUACGCUCUUUAUCCUGAACAUAAACCAACGCUUGAUGAUAUGAUGUGAUAACGUUCUGGGGCACUCUCCAAAAUGGCGGAAGAUGGUAAGUCGGGGGACAAGAAUUGACUGUUUGCCAUAUUUCUGGACCUGGGAACAUUGCAGUUGCAUUGCUAUCUAUCUCAGAAUUCAUCAAAAAUAUGUUAAAUUGUGUUCCGAAGAUGAACAAAGAUCAUCCGACACAAUUAAUUAAUGACUGCGUUUUCAUUUUAGGGUGAAUGUUUAGGAGUAGAGCUUUCUGCUUUUGUCUAAUAACAAAAAAAUAACGUACGUUUUUGUACCACCUAAAUCGUAUGAAUUCAUACAAAAUUGCCUCCUUGCGAAAUAGUUAUGUUUGCCCAUUAGAUGGAGCUGAUAAAUGGGCAACGUCAUGUCAUUUUUCUGUGACUCCAGAGUGAACAGUCACAUGGCUCCAGAAAAAUCGUAGUUGGAUCAGAGUCGAAUUCAAUGUGAUUUUUCGUUUGCCCCAUUCAGCUGCAAUGUGAACGUAGCUUUACUGGCCUUUCAUUCAGCCCAUCUCUAAACUGUCUGGACACACACACACUCGCACAGACACACACGCACACAAAUACUAUCAGGAAAAUGGUGUAUUGUACAAAGUUUUUUAUGCUGUGUAACAGAUUAUAAUUAACUCUUGUAAUCAGAGCAAUGAGGCUACUUUGAUGCAUCUCGACGGCCAGUCAGUGGCCAUCAUCGCACCAGUUAACUGGUGGGUCGAUGACGCUGCCGUCACCGGAGUGAAGAGGAUCGGGUCUUAAUGAUGCUGGGGUUUUAUUGGAAUACGAUCGUGGGUUCAUUAUGCUUGAUGAGAUAAAUUAAUGGCUGUAAUGCCAGAAAAUAAUCAGCUUAGCUAGCUAAGUUUAACAAUCCAAGCCUGCCUCCAACUAAUUAUCCUUCUCAGAGUGAAACACUCGUUUAUAAACAAUUUUACCCGUAAUUCUGUGAGCGUUGACAAAGCGCCCACUUCAGCCCUGGCCGACAUGAAAAUGGCAGAAUGAUAAAUUGGCUUUUGUUUUUUUUUUUUUACCCUUUUGUGCCGUGACAGCGAUGCGGUAAGAAUCAAUACGGUGCUUUGAGCUCAGAGGGCGUCAUAUUCAAGGUCUAAAGUGAGGAUGAAAACGACGGUUUGUCCAGAACGCCAUCCAGGGCUUUGCGUUUGAGUUAGAGAAAUUUCCUGUAAAUCAACGCCAUGAGCAUUACUGUGCUGAUUUAUGGAAACAGACUUCGAUUGAGACUAUUGUGAUCGAAAAAACUGGCACCGUUUGUGUCAGGCCAAAAAAAAAGUCUAGUAAGAAGAUGAAGCGAAACACAUUUGCACUUAUUAAAGGGAAGAUUUGAUCAGACGUGAUGAACAACGGAGGGUUUCUGGUAGAAAGCAGAGGAACACCGAGCGAUCUGGUGGCUUGUUUACUUUCACUUAUUUUCUUUUGACUUUUUGCGUUUGAAUUUCGAUAUUUAAGUGUGUUUGGAGUGCAGUGACAGUUAUUUUCUUGCUGUUAUUUUUAUUUAUAGAUUUUAUAUAAUUAUUUAGUUGUUUACUGCUUUGUUUACAUCGGGGUUUCGUGUGAAGACUGAGACGCUUUUGCUGUGGUUUCCAAAGUGGAGCUGCACACAAUCAAAUGUGAAAACUGAAACUAAAAAUUACACUUUACUGUGAAAUUAAUAAUAAUAAUAAUAAUAAUAAUAAU